AUGGAAGGGGUGGUGAGCGUGGGUUUUACCCCACCCGCACAGCAGCUUCUCAUGACCGUCUGUCAGCAGCUUGAGAUAAAUGAAAAGCAAGCUGAAAUCAUUGCCGAUUUUGGUAACCGUGAUGAUGGGAAAGGACGUAGCCUAGUUGAGAAGCUAUUUUCCUAUAUACCGUCAAGCACGAAAUCCGAUCUGAACGAGCGAUAUGUUGCUGUGGUCUUCUACAAAACGGUAACUUACCAACGAAACUUGAUCAAAAUCAAAGUCACACCGGGGACUCAAAUUCUUCGGAUGAGAAGACGUUCUAGUGCUUCGGUGAUUUCAACAUCAACCUCUGGUAGUACUGUUUCCUCUGAAACGUCAUCUGGUAGUGCGAGCACGUACGCGGAGAUAAUCGCAACCGUGAAGGAGCCUCUUCCCGACUUGGACCUUGAUGAGGGCACCGGUGAACCGGCUCUAGAGCCAGCGGUUGAGGACAAUGGUGAUGAAGAAGAAGGGGAGGAGGAGGAGGAAGAAGAGGAGAAUAAAGAUGGUGAAGAGAAAGAGGCUGAUGACUCGCAGUACUUAGUUAUUGCAAGGACCUACCGCCACGUGAGUCUACACGCCAUCUCACCCCCGCUGUCAGACAUCGAAGCGAAGACGUCGGGGGCGGACCGGUACGUCUAUGCCAUUCGAUGCAGAGAUGUUGAAACGACUCUCGCAAGCAGUGCAGAGCCUCCCUCAUACCUCAGCUUCCUCGAGAUCGGCGCUAUCCAAUUUCCCAUCAUCGGGUGUGCGAAUAGCAUUAUCAGCAAGGUCUACCAGUCACUUCUAUCAUACUUCACUCACAAAAACAGUCCAUUAGGACUCGACAUGGCAGAGGAAGAGAGCGAAUCGACAGAAUCCAAGGUCGGCGUUCCUGUGGAGCCACUGAGAAUCUCUAAGACUGCUCCUGAUCAAGAAAGCACAGAGCCUCCUCCCUCCAACGCGGGAGAUGCACCCGCGAAACCCAGUCCAGAAGCCCAGCGCCUCCGCGACGAAUUCGGCGUAAACCUUCACAAGUUCCAGCUAUUCUUAGUCGAAACGGACUCCGCAUUGCAAGGAGUCUUUAAUUUGCCAGAACCAGACUUCCAAGUACCGGACAUUGACCAAUGCAUCAAUGGGUUACCUGAUGAUGUGGCUGAGAAGCUCCAUCAACUUAUGGAUAGUUGGAAUGGCGCCAUCGACAAGGUUAUUAGCGAUUUAAACAAACCCCGAUCUGUGUCCGUGGGUCCACUGGAGGAAAUCGACUAUUGGCGCUACCGAUGCAAGGCUCUAACUUCGGUCAGUGAGGCUUUGCGGGACAAAGAAGUGCAAAAGAUUAUUAAUCUCUGGAACACCACCAGCCCAAACUCCAUGCAGUUUGAUCGAGCCACCGAAAUCCGAACUCUCAUGGCAGAAGCCAAGGACAAUGCUAGGUUUCUCCAGUUGGUCGAACGUCACUUCAAGAAUGUUCAAUUUGGGCACAACUUCAGCGUGGUCGCAGACACCAUCCCGGCGAUGCUUCAGUCGUUGCGUCUGAUUUGGACAAUUUCCAGGGGCUACAACAAAGAUGAGCGAAUGGGCCCUUUGUUGCAGAAGAUUGCAUGGGCUCUCUACGAUCGCGUUAUCCGUGAGAGACUGCGUGUUGAGGCAACCUCGCUUGACAAUCGAUGGGAGUUCGACCGGAAACUUCUCUUUGGCAAGAUCCACUACGUAACUCGCGUGCUUCGUGACAUCCUCGACAUGGGUCAGUGCGCCAAAGAAUUUUACCGAAUGUUUGGUCCGGAAUUAAAGAAUAUAACUGGGGAGAGCAAAUCGCUGAGUGAGGUGCUGCGAUUGGUCGACAACCUUUUCAACCCACUGAAAAAUCCGAAACUCAGAUGUCCCUUUUUGCCUCAAAACGAGAAAGCCUGGAACAAACUCCAGGAGGAAUUCGCCGACAAGGUCAGCCUAAUUGACGCCAAGGCGAAGAAUUUUAUCAACGAUUAUUUUGCACACAUUCGAGGCGCAAACAACGCCUUCAAUCUGCUGGAAAAGUUCAAAUCUGUCAAGGCCCGAAGUGCCAUCAGCUGUCUACUGAAGGACAAGUAUCGUGAUGUUCUACGGAGCUUGGGAUCCGAGCUUUCAAAAGUCGAGUCGAGGUUCAAGGAACAGAAGAACGAUCCCCUCGUCGCCCGUUACACUCCCCCCGUAUCCGGAGCGAUAAUCUGGGCUCGUCUCACGCUAAAUUCUGUCAAAUACAGCAUCGUGCGGUUCCUUCACUCGCAGCCGGAACUCUUUGACGAGGAAGAGGGCCGUCUUAUAAAGCAGAAGUACAUCAAUCUGGCACACAAGCUUCGUGAUUACGAAACAGAGCAAUCCAAGAUCUGGGACAGCGAUGUCACGGCCACUCUCAACUCCCGACUGAAUCAGCCAAUCCUCUUCAAGAACCCAAAUGUCAUACCAUUCAACAAGAGAGCUGUGACAAUCAAGCCUCCUCCGACGUGGUGGGCAGGUCCUUUUCCAGUCGACGCUGAAAUUCAAAGUCUCCUUACAAGCAAAAGCCCCAGCACGUACGGAACCAGCAUUAUUUCUCCGGUAAUGAACAGAAAUGAGUCCAUUUUUACAGAAAACACCGAAAAGAGUCAUUCAACCUUCACUUUGCUCCCAUGCGAUGAUCAAAUUGAUUAUGAAGACGUCCCUGUAUAUGAAGUGAACUUUGACUCAAAUAUUUGGUCCACGAUAGCCGAAUCUGCUCGGUUUGAGCUCCUUGGAAUUCCCAUUCCAGAAUUAGCGAGACUACUGGGAUUGCGACGGCGUUAUUUUCAGCGCAUUGUGCUCAACCUACAGGACGUCGUCGAUCGUUACGAAGCUGUCAGGCGAUGCCUCACUCCUGUCAAGGCUGCACUACUUCAAUUAACACUGCAAGACAUGAUUGCUCACUUCGACCGGGGUGUAAGCUACCUUAAUUGGGACAGUUUGGCAAUCGACGAAUUCAUUGAACUCUCAGAGAAGAAAGUGAAGUCUCUCGAAUUUCAAGUCAAGGAGAUCAACAAAUGUUUCUCGGCGUUGGAUCGAGCUUGUCAGCGCAUAUCGAAAAUGAAUCUGUUCAAGGAGCAUUCCAGUGAACUCCUCGUUUCGGCCAAGGAAUUCAUGGAUUAUGCUGAGAGCACGCGAGAAAAGGACAUGGAGGAGUUAGCUAACACUGUACAAAGCACGCUCAGUAAUCACCUCAGUAAACUAGAGGAGGUUCUCUUUGACACCAAUACCAAACGCUGCGUCCAAAUGGAGGCAGUCUACUUAAUGUUUGAACAACGCGUGCUUGAGUCUUUGGUCAAUAUGGUGUUGAAGAACAUCUGGCGCUUUGUGGACCAACUAGGUGACCUAAAGCCUAUUUUCCACAUUGAUGUUCUGCUCACAAAUUCGGACGUUGUCCUAUAUCCGACAACGGUGGAUUUGUACAAGUGGAUGGUACAGACUAUCCGCGGAUGCAUCGACAGCACCCGCUACUUUAUUCGUUGGAUGCGCGGAACUUGUAUCGCCUGUCCAGUCACACGUGGAGAAGGUGACAACAUCGUUAGCAUCAACUUCUCCCAAGAAAUCGAGCGAUGUCCCCAGGUCCACGAGCCCGACCUCGUUUUCAAUGAGAGAGUUGUCAAGUUAAACCGAUACGUCAUGGAAUUUCUGCGACGUCUUGUGCUUUACGCCAUUCUCUGGCACCAGGACAAGUUAAACGUGGUGGAAAAGUGGGUCCACAAGAAGCGGCGUUCAACGCGGGACUUUGAAAUUCGAAUUAUGACCCUGCAGAACUGGGCUGCAAGCCUUCGUCGCCUGAUUGGUCCCAUUCGCCUAGUUUUUGCCGGUGCCCUCGGCCUACGAAUGGGCUCCUUCUUCAACUCCGUAAUGACGAACCUCUCUGAUUGGAUUCGCAUCUACCUGCGCUUUAUCUACGACACAGCCGAACAGAAAUACACCAACACAAUCCUCAUCACGGCUGCUACUUUGCGUAGUCACGCUUGCAUUUUUCCAGACCCACAAUUACGUAACGAAAAACGCGAGGUCCUCAAGAAGAAGCCAGUUUCCUUGGUUCAAAUGAAACAAUUACUGAGUGUAAUGAAUGAGUUGACUAGUGGGUUGUGUGAAGUUGUGGAUGAGUGCACUACUGAUCUCACUGAACGUUACCGCCUGAUCCGUCAGUACGGCGACGAGGAGUACAUCAGCCACAUCCCCGAGGAGCACUGGAACUCGGCGACCAUCAUGCGGCGUCGAUGGAACGCCAUUAUAAAGAGAGCUGGUGACAUGGCGGACAACAUUGCCCCAAUGAAGGCUCAGUUUUCUGUUGGUGUGAGGGACGUUGUACAGGACUUUAAGAGAAGAGUAAUGGCAUUUGUUGACGAUUAUAAAAAGUCAGGUCCUGGUACCGAGGCUCAAGACCUGGAUAAUGGAGUGAAGAUACUGGCCAAUUUUCUUAAACGUGCUGAUGCACUGGAAGCUGAACGUGUGGACCUCUUGAGCAGCGAGCGUCUCCUGGGCUUGCCGAUAUCAACCUAUCCAGACUUGAAGAUGAUUCGGUCUGAAUUGCACAAGCUGAAACCGAUCUACGACCUGUACAUCAAUCAGAAGACUGCUCGCCAAGAUUGGUCCUUGGUGCUUUGGAAGGACGUCAACAUCAAGGCAAUUCAACUGGCCACACAAGAAUUCAUUGAUGCUUUCAAAGCCGCACCUAAGAAGAUACGAAUGCUACCGUGCUCCCGCAAACUAUUCACCGACAUGAAGAACUUCCAAGAUUCACUUCAACUAAUUGUCUACUUGAAGGAUGAUGCCCUUCGAGACAGGCACUGGAAGCAGCUAAUGGAGAAGACCGGGAUCAGUUUUGACAUUGACCCGCUUACUUUCACGCUGGAGGGUGUGUUUGCAAUGGAACUACAUCAGUAUUCCGAGGUGAUUGCCAUCAUCGUAGCAAACGCCCAGCGGGAACUUGUAAUCGAACUGAGUUUAGAGGAGAUUAAGAAGACCUGGGCAGAGAUGAAAUUCGUCCUCACUAUGUACACAAAGUGCAAAGGCCAGGCUUGUCCGGUGCUUGGCAAUCUGGAAGACAUCACAAAGGUUCUUGAAGACAACAUGCUCAACUUGCAGUCGAUUAGCGGGAGCAGAAAUGCCGCACCCUUCAUCAACACUGUGCGUCAAUGGGAGAAGGAUUUGAGCACAAUCAGCGACACACUGGAGAAAUGGGUAAUUGUUCAGCAGAAGUGGAUGUACUUGGAAGUGAUCUUCGUCGGAGGUGACAUAGCAAAUCAACUUCCAAAUGAAGCUAAACGCUUCCAGAAACUAGAUGCCGGAUUUCGCAAGAUCAUGAAGGAAGCGAAUGACGUCCAGUACAUCAUGAGGGCGUGCUUGGCAAACCGCAAGCUUGAUACCCUGACUAUGUUGCAGAAUGAGCUCGAGUACUGCCAGAAGGCCCUGAACGACUACUUAGACGCAAAACGAAACGCCUUUCCGCGCUUCUACUUCAUUUCAGACGACGAGAUGCUCUCUAUUUUGGGUGGCAAAGAGGCUGAAGCUAUUCAGGAGCACAUUAUGUUCGACAACAUAAAGGGAUAUCAGUUUAAGCAGGAGGGGAAGAAUACCCUCAUUACGGCAAUGGUUUCCUGCGAAGACGAAGUCAUGCCAUUCAAUAAGCCUGUCUACGUGGCUGGAAAAGUAGAAGAGUGGCUGAUGGCCCACGAGGCUGAAAUGCAGAGGAGUAAUCAACUGAUUACAAAACGAGCCCUGUUCUACUAUUGCUACAAGAAACGUCGGGUAGACUGGAUGUUGGACUUUCUUGGCAUGGUAGUCUUGGCUGCAACACAAAUCUGGUUUACGUGGGAGACGGAGGAUGUCUUCAAACGCAUGAUGGCGGGGCAGAGGAAGGCGCUUAAGGACUUCAGUAAAAAGCUUCUUGAUCAGAUCUUCCAGAUUGUCGAGAUGGUCCGGGGCAAAGUCACUCCAAACAUCAUGAAGAAAUUAGAGACUGUCCUCAUUCUAGACGUUCAUGCGAAGGACAUCAUCGAGCACUUCAUCAGAGACAGCAUUCUCAGUGCUGAAGAAUUCGAAUGGGAGUCACAGCUCCGUUUCUAUUGGGUCAGGGAGCUGGACACCCUGAAAGUGCGUCAGGUUUCUGCAGAAUUCGACUACGGUUACGAGUACUUCGGAAUGAAUGGAAGAUUAGUCAUCACUCCCCUCACUGAUCGCAUAUACCUCACCUUGACUCAAGCCCUCUCCCUUUAUUUAGGGGGGGCUCCGGCAGGCCCAGCGGGGACAGGCAAAACCGAGAGCACUAAAGACCUUGCCAAGGCACUGGGUCUCUUGUGUGUGGUCACGAACUGCGGCAACAGCAUGGAUUACAAGUCAUUUGGGAAACUGAUGAUGGGACUUUGUCGUGUGGGGUGCUGGGGGUGUUUCGACGAGUUCAAUCGAAUUGAAGUAUCAGUUCUCUCCGUGGUAACCACUCAGAUACAAGCGAUUCAGGCGGCUCUCAAGGCAAAGGCGACGUUAUUCCAGUUUGAAGGUCAGGAAACGGUAUUAAACAACCGCAUUGGCUACUUCGUCACAAUGAACCCGGGUUACGCAGGCCGCACGGAACUGCCAGAAUCCCUGAAGGCGCUAUUCCGACCGGUUGUGGUGAUUGUUCCCGAUUUGGAGUACAUAUGUGAGAUCAUGUUAUUCUCCCAGGGCUUCCUCACUGCAAGAGAGCUUGCAAAGAAGCUGACGACAAUGUAUCGUUUGGCGAAAGAACAACUCUCCCAACAAUACCACUAUGACUUUGGACUUCGUGCACUGAAAUCCGUCUUGUCAAUGGCUGGCGGAAUCCGACGUGCUGAUCCCGAUAAUCAAGAAGACAAACUCCUCAUGAGGGCUCUGAAAGAUACGAAUUUACCAAAAUUCGUUCACGAAGACGUCCCGCUAUUCAUGGGUCUUGUGCAAGACCUCUUCCCCGGCGUGGAAUUGGUCCUCCACAGUUCCGACCCAGAGCUUGUGAAGGCUGCCACGGCUGUCCUCAAAUUCCAGCGUUACUCUAUCAUCGAAGACCAACUUCAAAAAAUUAUCCAAUUUCGCGAUACCCUGGCAGUUCGGCACUCCGUAAUGCUUGUCGGACCGACCCUGGGCGGUAAAUCGACAGUUCUCAACACUUUUGCCAAUUCUCAAAGAGUAAUGGGCAUCCCGACGAAGAUGCACACAAUCAAUCCCAAAGACCGUUCUGUAGACGAGCUCUAUGGCUUGCUGGACCCGGCAAGCCGCGAGUGGACCGACGGUCUUCUUUCAAUGAUAUUCCGGCAAAUCAACCUGUUCACCGACCAGAACGAGAAACGCUACAUUGUUUUCGACGGCGACGUCGAUGCCCUGUGGAUCGAGAAUAUGAACUCUGUAAUGGAUGAUAAUCGGCUUCUCACGCUAGUGAACGGAGAACGCAUCAAGUUGCAGCCUUACUGUGCUCUCCUCUUCGAAGUGGGCGAUCUUCGCUUUGCAUCACCUGCGACCGUCUCCCGUUGUGGCAUGGUUUACGUCGACCCUAAGAACCUCAGCUACGAAGCAUAUUGGAAUGCGUGGCUUCAAAGCAUCAAAAACGUGAACAUGACGAAUGGCUUAACUUAUCUAUUCAACAAGUAUAUUCCACCGCUGAUGGAUUUCAUUUUUGAAGGCAUCGUACCCGCAGGUGGAUUUGGCGGGCCGAAAGGACGCAAGCAACGUAGCUCCGUCGAAUCAGUGAAAGAAGGAAGCAAACCAGCGGCCUCAGGCGGCCAGUCUGGUUCAGGAGAAAGUUCCACGCCGGGAAAAAAGAUCAUCCAUGUAAUCCCAACUAGCUCAAUGCACACAAUCAUCCAAUUCUGUACCCUAAUCUCGGGUCACAUCGACGAAGGCAGUGUGCCAGGCACAGACAACCCCGGCCAAUUGCCAGUACUUUCUACUGAAGCGCAGGAGGGGGAGGAAAACGAGAAGGGAAAUGCAGGCGAAGGCGGAGAUGGAGAAGAUGCCGGUCCUGAGCCCGAGAUCUCCCAGGCUCCGCUCACCGAUCAAUCAAACCUUGAGGAAUCAGAGUUCAAUUUCGAUAGCCCGGAGGUCAUAGAGGCUAUUUUCCUGCACUGCAUGAUCUGGGCGUUCGCCGCUCCACUGCACUUGCGCGAUCAGAUCGUCGUUGAUGAGGCAAUCAAGGCGCUUUCGGGACUGGGUAUCGUUGAUGAGGGCGAUGGUAUGCCGUUUGUCGCUCCAGGCGUGAUUCCAAGCCACUCUUCCUACCUCUUUGACUACAUGUUCGACUUGGAGGAGUUCCACUGGGUUCAAUGGCGUCGCCUUGUGCCAAAGUAUAUCCACAACACUGCCAUACCCUAUCCGGAGAUUGUUGUACCCACCGUGGAAACCGUCAAAAUGGAAUGGAUCCUCAAGGAAAUGUUUCUCCUGAAUCAUCCGCUAAUAAUCGUUGGCGAAACGGGCACGAGCAAGACAGCUACCGCAUUGGCUACCAUCCAAGGAAUGAACCCCGAAUCAACAUGCUCAUUGGUUAUUAAUUUCUCCUCAAGAACAUCCUCCAAAGACGUCCUUCGAAGCCUCAAUGCAAAUGUAGAGAAGCGAGCCAAGGGUGUCUAUGGGCCAAUGCCUGGAAAAAAGCUUAUCGUCUUCAUUGACGAUCUCAACAUGCCGCAGGAAGAUGAAUAUGGUACCCAACAGCCGAUCGCGUUAAUGACAAUGAUUCUUGGUCGUGGAGGCCUCUUUGAACAAGGCAAAGACUUGGUUUGGCGUGCCCUCAAGGACAUGACCUAUGUCGGAGGCAUGGGCCCACCUGGUGGUGGACGGAGAUCUCUUGAUCCACGAUUUGUUUCCUUUUUCUCCAUCUUCCACUGUCUGCCACCUCCAGCUAGCAGUCUGAAGAAGAUCUUCGGCAACAUUCUGGGUGGCCACUUCACGAUGGGCUUUUCGAAGAAGCUCCAGGCCAUGGUUGCAAACAUCACCAGCAUGAGCAUCGAGACGUACUUUGAGAUUAAGAGUCGCCUUCUACCAACACCCACGAAGUUCCAUUACACCUUCAACCUGCGAGACAUCUCCCGGGUCUUUCAGGGAAUGUGUCAGGCAACCUCGGCGAGGUUCAAGGGGCCGAAGAAGAUUCUCCGCCUUUGGAGGCAUGAAUCUCUCCGGUGCUACUAUGAUCGUCUUAUCAGCGAUGCUGAUCGUAGUGUGGUUGAUGGGAUAAUAGCAAGCAUGCUGGAAAAGUACUACAAAGAUGACAUGGAUUACGCGCUGAUGGAUCCAAUCAUUUUCGGUGAUUACUGGUCGGCAGGUGCGGAUGAAGAGGUCACCUUUUACGAAGACAUUCAGGAUUAUGACGUCUGCAAGGCCAUCGCUGAAGAGCUUCUGGUCGCUUACAACGAGCAAGUGGGCAACAUGAAUCUUGUGCUGUUCAACGACGCACUAAGCCACCUCAGCAUCAUUCACCGCAUUCUUCGUCUUCAAGGCAGCCACGCUCUCCUCGUGGGGGUCUCCGGUUCAGGGAAGAAGGCGCUCGCCAAACUGGCUGCUUUCAUUGCCGGGCUUCAGACAUUCGAGAUUAGUUUGAGCAAGAGCUACGGCGAAAACGAGCUCUGCGAGGACAUUAAAAAGAUGUACACGCAAAUGGCCGAUAGUAAAGAGGAAUACAUGUUCAUCUUCGCGGACUGUCAUGUGAGAAGUGAAGGUUUCCUGGAGUUCGUGAACAACAUUUUGACAACCGGAUGUCUUGUAUCGCUGUUCUCGGAGGAGGACAAAGACGGUGUGAUCAACAAUGUCUGGCCCAAAGCCGAGGCAGCUCUCAAGGCGAUUGGUGGACCAGCUGCGAAUGUCACCAAGGAAACCGUCUGGAAAUGGUUUUAUCGAGACUGCACGGCGCGUCUGCAUAUGACCCUCUGUAUGAGCCCGGCUGGAGAUGCUCUGCGAACUCGUUGCCGAAACUUUCCCGGAAUUGUCAACUGCACAACAAUCGACUGGUUUUUCAAGUGGCCUGAACAAGCUUUGUAUGCUGUUGCUUGCAGCCUCGUCGAUCCUAAGGCCCAGAUUGUGCCUCGUAGGCACUGGGAUGCUGUGAUUGUGAACAUUGUAAACAUCCACAUGUCGGUCGAGGAAGCCUCGGUGGAAUUCAAGCAGCAAUUGCGUCGGGACAAUUACGUCACCGCCACCAACUACAUUGGCUUUAUCGAGGGCUACAAGAAACUUCUGAGGGAGAAAACUGAUGAAAAUGUGGCCAGCCAAGAUCGUCUCAAGGUCGGUCUUGAGAAGCUGAAGGAAACUGCAAAGCAAAUCGACGAGCUGAAUGCCAAGAUGGCCAUCCAGAAAGUGGUGCUGGAAGACAAGACGGCGUCGUGUGAGGAGUUGAUGAAGGAGAUUGAGGAAUCCACGGCCGCAGCGACUGUCAAGAAGACUGAAGCCCAGGCAAAGUCCAUCGAAGUCGCGGCUCAGCAAAAAGUCAUCACUAAGGAAAAGGGCGAGGCAGAAGCUGCUCUGGCUGAAGCUUUGCCGGCAUUGGAAGCGGCGAAACGGGCUCUGGAUGAACUUGACAAGGCUGAUGUUACAGAAUUCCGAGCGUUUGCAACCCCGCCCAAACCCGUCCAACUCGUCGGUGAAUGUCUGUGUUACAUAAUGUCGGCCAGCGAAUCCAACUGGAAAGCGGCUCGAGGUCUCAUGGCUGACGCCAAUUUCAUCGGUACCCUGCAGACCAUGGACUGCGAAGCGAUCCCACAGAAGAACAUUAAUGCCAUCAAAGAUCUUCUCUCGAAGCGUGGCAUCGGAUACGACGAUGUCCGCGCUGCAAGUAAAGCUGGCGGUGGCUUUUUCAAGUUUGUGCUCUCGGUUAUUAGUUUCUACGAUGUCGCGAAGAUGAUCCGACCCAAGAGGGAACGUGUGAAGAUGUUGGAGCGCGAGCUUGCAAAGGCCGUCAGAGAGCUCCAAAUGACAAGAGAUCAAGUAGCUCAACUGGAAGAGAUGCUGCUCAAUCUUCGUCGACAAUUUUCCGAGGCCCAGAACGAGAUGGAACGCCUUAGGAACGAAAUGAACAUUAUGCUGAGGCAACUUUUGGCUGCCGAAAAACUAACCACUGGUUUGGCUUCUGAAAAGAUCCGAUGGAUCGAGACGGUAGCUUCCUUACAACACGGUAAAAGGAAGCUGAUGGGCCACUGUCUGUUAGCGUCUGCCUUCUUAAACUACCUUGGUCCGUUUACCCAAGAAUUCAGAACCCAACUCCUCUACAGAGAUUGGUUCGAUAGCGUCGUUAAUGAUGAGAUCCCAAUGACGGAAGGCUUCAAGGUUGAUGAACUAUUGACCACGGAGAUGGAGAUAUCAGUCUGGAACUCACAAGGUCUUCCACCAGACGAAUUGAGCAUUCAAAACGCCAUUUUGACCACCAAGGGUCUGAAGACUCCCGUCUGCAUAGACCCUCAGGGACAAGCUACCAGCUGGAUCCGCGCAAUGGAAUUCAAUAAGAAAGACGAGACCCGCUCUAUUAAGAUUACCACUCUAAACGAUCCAAUGUUUCUCCGGACCUUGGAGAAUUGCAUCAAGUUUGGAAUCGCCAUUAUGUUCACUUCUGUAGAAGAGAGCAUUGACCCGGUGUUGGACAAUAUUCUCAGCAGGAAUAUUAGAAAGGAGAAGGGCCGUGACGUCGUGAUGUUGGGCGAUCGUGAGGUGGAGUAUGACCACGGAUUCCGCCUCUACAUGACGACAAAGCUGCCGAACCCCCGAUUUUCUGCUAAUCUCUUCAGUCGUGCUUGCAUCAUCAACUACACUGUCACCGCCACUGGUCUCGAGGGCCAACUCCUCUCGGUGCUGGUCAAAAACGAGCAGAAGGAGUUGGAAGAGAAGAGAGAGAAUCUUAUUAAAGAGACGAGUGAUAAUAAGCGCAUUUUGAAGGAAUUGGAAGAUCGGUUGUUACUAGAGUUGGCUACGCAAACAGGCAACAUCCUCGACAACUGGGAACUAAUUGGAACCCUUGAGAAAACGAAAGCGAAGGCUGUUGAAGUCAGCAGAGCGCUUGAACAAGCGGCAAAGGUCUCUGUAGACGUCGACAGACAGAGGAACAGCUACCGCACUGCUGCCCGACGUGGAGCAAUUUUGUUUUUCAUAAUUGCUGACUUAUCAAUGGUGGACGCGAUGUACCAGUUCUCGCUCUCGGCUUUCAUGCAAGUCUUCCUGAAAUCACUGAAGAAGGCCAUGCCAAAUAAUUCGCUUCCCAAGCGUCUAGACAACAUCAAGUCAACCCUCACGUACUUCGUGUUCAGUUACGGUUGUACCGCUUUGUUCGAACAACACAAACUUCUGCUUUCGUUUCAAUUGGCUAUUCGAUUGCAACAGGAGGCCAACAAAUUGCACCCAAAGGAAUUGAGUUAUUUCGUUCGGGGUAAUCUGUGUUUGACGGAUGAAUACUUCGCUCCGCCACAGCCAUGGAUACCAAUUCCCAUAUGGCGUGAUUGCCUUUACCUGGCUUCCUUUUUGCCGAAUAAAUUUGGCAGGUUGCCAGAGAGUGUUGCCAAACAUCCCAAAAUGUGGAAAAAGUGGUACGAUGCGGAGAUGCCCGAGAUGGAGCGUUUUCCCGGUCGGUAUGACAACCUGGGUCCGUUCUCGCGCCUCUGCCUGAUUCGAGCCUGGCGAACUGACCGCGUGCCGGCGGCCAUCUCUCUCUUCGUCAACUCGACCAUGGGAAGCAGCUUCAUCUCGCCCCCGAUGACGGUGCUCAGCGAGGUGCUUGUCUCGACCUCCCCGACUAUCCCCAUCGUGGUUGUCGUGAAGCCCGGUGCCGAUCCGCCUGCGGCUCUCACGGCGUUGGCUCAAAGCGUUGAUUUCUCAGUCAACAAAAUCAAGUACCUCUCACUUGGGCAAGGCCAGGAACCCGUUGCCGAAGCUCUUUUUGCCAGCUGCAUGGCAAGAGGCCAUUGGCUAGUGCUGCAGAACUGUCAUCUUCUGCUCUCGUACACAUCUAAACUGGAGAAGAUGCUGGAGAACGCGGUGAAACCACAUCCCGAUUUCCGUCUCUGGCUCACGACUGAACCAGUGACCACCUUCCCUGUUGGUCUGCUUCAAAUUGCCUACAAGGUCGUGAUGGAGCCCCCAAGUGGACUGCGUCAGAACAUUCAAGCGUCGUUAAAUAAGCUCGACGAUACCCAGUUCAUUGCUUCUGCGCACCCCAAGUACCGAUCGAUUAUGUUCGUUCUGGUGUUCCUACACGCCAUCCUGCAGGAGCGCAGACGGUACGACAAGCUGGGAUGGAAUGUGUCCUACGAUUUCGCCGAUUCCGACCUCAACGUCUCGCUGCUCAUCUUACAGAAAUCUCUCAACGAAACUAGUGAAGGUGAUCCCAUUAAGUGGUCCAGUCUCAAGUAUUUGAUUGGGGAGGUGAUGUAUGGUGGCCGCACGAUCGACAGCUACGACAGGCGGGUACUGACCACCUACAUGGAUGAGUACUUCGGCGACUUCCUCUUCGAUGAGUUCCAGACUUUCCACUUCUACCACGAUGACAGUGUCAAUUACAUGAUUCCUGCCGAAGCCGACGACGUGACCGAUUUCCGAGAAAACUUCCUGGAAACGGUCGAAAAUUGGCCAGUUGACCAGAAACCGAAUGUUUUCGGUCUUCACGGCAACACAGCUAUCGGUUACUCUGUUCGCUUUGCAAAGAAUCUCUGGUCCAGUCUUCAAAAUCUCCUUCCGGAGACUGACAACAUCACAGGCAUUCCUGAUGGAACCAAACUCGCGGACCUCUCCAAAUCCGUAACUGAAUUGUUGGCUGAGAUGGCCAAGGAGGCAAAAGAGGAAGAGAAACCGAAACUUUCGAUCGUCAAAGAAGAAAUUGAUGGGGAGGAAGAGGAAGAUGUCGUUGAAUCUACGCCGACAUCAUCUUCGACGUCGUUGUCCCAAGACACCGAUGAGGAACUCAUUAGUGAUGAAUUGGAAGUGGAGGACGACAAAAAGAAGGUGACAAAGUCAGGUGCCGCUGCAGUCCUCGGAAAGGACGCCAUUCUCGAUGCAAUGGCAACCAGCAUCCUCGCUCGACUUCCUCCAACCUUUGAUGUGAUUAAUUUACGCAAGAAGCACAUGGUUGGUGAGAUCUCCCCAACUACCGUUGUGCUAAUUCAGGAACUGGACAGGUUCAAUCUGAUUCUGCUGGAGAUGAAAUCGUCACUAAUGGAGCUGCGUCGAGCCAUUGCAGGGGAGGUGGGAAUGUCUACAGAACUGGACGACGUCGCAGCGUGUAUGAGUAGGGGAAGUAUUCCGUCGUCGUGGCGACGUCUCGUUCCCGCCACUGAAAAGAGCCUUGCUGAUUGGCUACAGCAACUCCUUCAAAGAAACGAUCAAUACAAGGCUUGGUCGAAUGGCGGGAAGAGUGAACCUCCUGUGAUGUGGCUGUCUGGCCUACAUCUGCCCCAGUCUUACCUCACAGCACUGGUUCAGAAGGCGUGUCGUAAGAACGGUUGGGCGCUUGACAAGUGCACAAUGUCAACCUCUGUUACGGAUACCCUUCCAGAAGAAACCGGGACCAUUCUAAUGGCCCCUGAUGUCGGGUGUAAUGUUGUCGGACUCUAUCUCGAAGGGUCUGCGUGGAGUGUGGAAAAACACAGCCUGGUGCACCAGCUUCCACGCAUGUUGAUCCAAGAGCUGCCGAUCAUUCGGCUCACGCCUAUUGAACGUCACAAAAUGAAGUUGACCGGAACGGUAGAAAUUCCUGUUUACGUCAAUAGUUCGCGUCGCAACGCUAUGGGAGAAGGGUUUAUAACAAAGUUAGAUCUGCCCACCAAUGAACACAACUCCUACUGGGUCCUUCAAGGCGCCUGUGUUAUACUUAGCACUGACUAA